UCCAACCGUUCAUCCAUGUUGGACUACCUACAACUCAUUCACCCUCAAACGCGCAGAGAGAGAAAGAGAGAGAGAGAGAGAGUGAAAGAGGACCCUAAUUCCGCAAACAGAACGAGAAGAUUCUCUCUCGCAGUCCCAGCAAUUCUUCUGGUAACGCAAUCAAACCAAUCGGAUUAUACUGUUAAAAUGGCCAAUAAUUCUCAGCCCCCUGGUAUGCAGUUUCGGCCAGUCAUUCAGGCCCAGCAAGGUCAGCCAUUUGCUCCAAUGGCUUCCCAACAAUUUGGACUUGCAGGACAUGCUAUUCCUUCUUCAAAUGUUGCAAUGCCUGUUGGUCAGAGUCAGCAAUUGCAGUAUUCACAACCAAUGCAGCAGUUGCCUCCAAGACAUAUUCAGCCUGGUCAACCUGCACCUUCGUCGCAGGUUAUACCUAUGCAAUAUAUCCAAACAAAUAGACCCCCGACAUCCGUCCCACCACAUUCACAGCCAACUGUUCCCCACUUAAGCAGUCAUAUGCCCAGCUUGGCUGUUUCAGCAGCAACUUCUCAUUCUUCAUAUACUUUUCAACCACCGUAUAGUCAGCAGCAGGAUAAUGUUAAUGCAAUGGCUCAGUACCAGCAAUCGGGCCAAAUGCAUGCUCCUCCGGCUGGACAACCUUGGGUGUCCUCUGUUUCUCAGAGUGCUGCAACUGUUACACCAGUGCAACAGGCUGGAGUGCAAUCAUCUGGUACUCCGUCAACUGAUUCUGCAACAAGUGCCCCUAACCAGCAGUCAGCAUCUGAUUGGCAAGAGCAUACUGCAGCUGAUGGCAGAAGAUAUUACUACAACAAGAGGACAAGGCAAUCUAGUUGGGAGAAACCAUUGGAACUGAUGUCACCUAUUGAGAGGGCUGAUGCAUCAACUGUUUGGAAAGAAUUCACAUCUUCAGAUGGAAGAAAGUAUUAUUACAACAAGGUUACUCAGCAAUCAACAUGGUCAAUACCAGAGGAACUUAAGUUGGCUCGUGAAUUGGCGCUGAAAGCUGCCAAUCAGGGAAUGCAGUUAGAAACAAGUGAUACAUCGAAUACUGCUGUUUCAUCUGCUGCACCAUCAACAGUGACUAAUACUGCUAGCUCAAACACUCCUUUGACAUCAAAUGGGCUUGCUUCAAGUCCAGCAUCUGUCACACCAAUUGCAUCGUCAACUGGUCCUCAGCAGUUGGUUUCUGGAUUAUCAAGUACCACUGGGACUGAACUGAGUACUGUGGUAACUGCGUCUACGGCAGUAGCUGGACCUGCAAAUCCUCUUGACACCACUACACCGUCCAGUGUUGAAAAUCAAGCAUCUCAGGAUUUUGCUGCUCCUACCGGUGGAGCUUCUGUUAAAGAUAUAGAGGAAACCAAAAAAGGAUUGCCAGUUGCUGGAAAAGUUAAUGUGACUCUGCCAGAGGAGAAAGCAAAUGAUAAAGAAACCUUUGCAUAUGCAAAUAAGAUGGAAGCAAAAAUUGCAUUUAAGGCACUAUUGGAGUCUGCUAAUGUUCAGUCUGAUUGGACAUGGGAACAGGCGAUGAGAGAAAUAAUCAAUGACAAAAGAUACAAUGCUCUAAAAACACUUGGUGAGCGGAAACAAGCUUUUAAUGAGUAUUUGGGCCAAAGGAAGAAGCUAGAGGCUGAAGAGAGACGCAUGAAGCAGAAAAAAGCUCGAGAAGAAUUCACAAAGAUGUUGGAAGAGUGCAAGGAGCUAACUUCAUCCAUGAGAUGGAGCAAAGCAAUCAAUAUGUUUGAAAAUGAUGGGUUUCGCAAUCAAAGAUGUCUAAAAUUUUAUUCCUUGUUAUACUGUUUGGAAAAGGAAAAUGCUGCUGAGGAACACAGACGGAAUUUAGCAGAAUACAGGAAAUUCUUGGAGUCAUGUGAUUAUGUGAAGGUUCACAGUCCAUGGCGAAAAGUCCAAGAUCGGUUAGAGGACGAUGAUAGAUAUUUACGGCUUGAAAAAAUUGACCGCUUGCUUGUUUUCCAGGACUAUAUUCGUGAAUUGGAAAAGGAAGAAGAGGAGCAAAAACGAGUACAGAAGGAGCGAGUUCGUCGUGGUGAAAGGAAAAAUCGUGAUGCAUUCCGCAAGUUGUUGGAAGAACAUGUUGCUGCUGGAAUUCUUAAUGCUAAAACUCAAUGGAGAGAAUACUGCUUGAAGGUUAGGGAUUUGCCUCAAUAUCAAGCUGUCGCAUCAAACACAUCUGGUUCCACUCCUAAGGAUUUAUUUGAGGAUGUAGUAGAAGAUCUUGAAAAUCAGUACCAUGAAGACAAGACACUGGUAAAAGAUAUAAUUAAGUCAGGCAAGAUCACUGUAGUGUCCACUUCGGUGUUUGAGGAAUUCAAGGCUGCUAUCUUGGAAGAAGCUAGUUGCGAAACAAUAUCAGAGAUCAAUUUGAAGCUUAUAUUCGAAGACUUGUUAGAGAGAGCUAAAGAGAAAGAGGAGAAAGAAGCUAAGAAGCGCCAGCGCCUUGCUGAUGACUUAACUAACCUGUUAUAUACAUUUAAGGAUAUUACUACUUCUUCAACUUGGGAGGAUUGCAAGCCACUUGUUGAGGAGACACAAGAGUACAGAUCAAUGGGGGAUGAAAACUACAGUAGAGAAGUAUUUGAGGAGUACAUUACAUACCUAAAGGAAAAAGCUAAAGAGAAGGAACGCAAGCGUGAAGAGGAAAAGGCCAGAAAGGAGAAAGAGAGAGAAGAGAAAGAGAAACGGAAGGAGAAGGAAAAGGAAAAGAAAGAGAAGGAUAGAGAACGCGAGAAAGAAAAGUCUAAAGAUCGGCAUAAGAAGGACGACACAGAUAGUGAAAACCAAGAUAUUGAAAGCCAUGGUUUCAAGGAAGAGAAGAAAAAAGACAAAGAUAAGGAAAGGAAACACAGGAAGAGGCGACACAGCAGUGUAGAGGAUGUGGAUUCCGAGAGGGAUGAAAAAGAAGAGUCUAAGAAAUCACGAAAGCACGGCAGCGACCGAAAGAAAUCUCGAAAGCAUGCAAACUCUCCAGAAUCAGACAAUGAAACCCGGCAUAGAAGACACAAGAGGGAGCACCGUGAUGGUUCCCGGAAAACCGGGGGCCAUGAAGAACUUGAAGACGGGGAACUCGGCGAUGAUGCAGAGAUUUAGACGCUAGGUUGCUAACCUUUUUGCAGUUAUGAGAUACAGAACUUUGCCUGCAUCCUUUCAAGACUUGGGUUGUCGAAUAUUAAUUUUGUUCUUUUAGACUCCCCUUUUCUUGGGGAACAUUUGUGUUUAGGAGAUUUGACUUCAUAUGUAAAAAAAAAUUAGAAUCUGUUGGUUCUCCUUGGAUUUAUCAAUUAACAUGUCCACUUUGUACCAAGGUUUUUGAGUCCUUGCGUAUUUGCAAGUCCAAAUUUUAAAAAAUCAACUUUAGGUCUACAAGCUGAACAAUGUGCGGAUAAUUUGACAA